CCAUGUAGGAAGAAGCAUGGUGGAAAUGUGUGAGGCAGGAGUUACGCACGUCGUUUUGUUGACACACUGAUCUUAAUCUGUUAUUUUAAGAAUCGCAAGCUUUAUAUGUUCCGAUUAAACUCCUGGCGUUUUAAAGGCGUAUUUUUGUACAAUCUGUUUCCAUUUUGUGUAUGAAUACUUGGGUAUUAAACAGGCAUAAUGAAGAUCAAACGUCAGAAGCAUGCAAAGAAAAGCAUAAUUUAUUAUAAGUACAACUUUAAUUUUCGGCAGCCUUUCCAAAUAUUAAUUGAUGGGACAUUUUGUCAAGCGGCGUUGAAGAAUAAGAUACAAAUAAAAGAACAAUUGCCAAAGUAUCUAAUGGGAGAAGUUCAGCUUUGCACCACGAGCUGCGCACUAAAGGAACUUGAGACUCUACCAAAGGAACUGUAUGGAGCAAAACUCAUUUUACAGAGGUUUCAAGUUAGGAAAUGCAAACACACCAAAGAUCCAGUACCUGCAUCACAGUGUUUGCUGUCAAUGCUCGAGGAAACAAAUCCACACCACUACUUCAUUGCAACACAGGAUUAUGAGUUGACUACAGCCCUGAAGAAGAUCCCAGGGGUUCCUCUGCUCUACAUUAUCCAGAACACCAUGGUUUUAGACAAACCCUCAGCUUCCACGCUGAAGCACGUAGAAGCUGUUCAGCUGGGGGAAAUAGUGAGCUCACCCCAACAGAAGAGCAUCCAAAGUCUGAAAGAAAAGGAGGGUUUCGGCAAAGACGGUGAGGAGAAAAGGGGCAAGAAACGCAAGAGAAAAUCCAGCAACCCGAACCCCCUUAGCUGCCUGAAGAAAAAGAAGAAACCAAUACAACAACAACAGCCUAAAAAGACAGAAGGAGAGAAAAAGAAACGAAAUAGACACAAGAGACGAAAGGCUGCUGGGGGACAGACGGCAGCAGUUAGUUUGAACCCUACAACUGCUUAGAGUCAAAUGCAUUGUUUUACUCUAUAGACUUAACUCUUUAUUGACCUUCCGUAUUUCCAGAAAAUCACUUGGUGUGCAUAAUAAACACGUUUUUGUUUGUCACCAUUUUUUUUUAAGUGUUUGUUUGUUUUUUUGUCAUUUACAGGUUCAAACAUUGCGUGUUUACAAAAAAGGUGAAAAACUUCCAUUAAUACAAUUUUUUUAUGAAUUUAAUGUAACUUGAAAUAAAUUGAAUCUUCAGUGGAA